AUGUGUUCUCAUUACAUUAUUUUGGUGGCCUUCAAAGGAUCCUGUCAGAGUGUCAAAGAUGAACUAUUUCGUCAGCAAACUGGUACUAAAAUAAUUUUCGUUAAAGUCCCUGGAACACAGUACAGCAUUAUUGGCCAAAUUACACCCCCCUCCAAACUCCCGAAGGGGGGAGAACACUACUUCCAUAAAAAUGGCAGGGUGCUCUUUCAAAUACAGUCGAAUCCCCCUUAACGCGACCACCCAAAACGCGAAGAUUUAGAGGUCGCUCAUGGGAGGUGGUCGCUUACGUGAAUUGAAUCACAUGGGCUCUCUCUUCCGGGAAGAGGUCCUUAUACAUAUAAGUUUUGUUUUUCGUUUGCUCAGAGUUAGUGCAGUACAUACAGCGAAUUAAGAGAUCAGACCAUGUGUAAAGCGGUCGCUUACAAAGGAUUAAAACAAUGGAAAAUUAUCAAACUGUCACCCCCAAAAAUUGUGGGGAAGAUCACCUACAAAGUUUUACUAGAAGUGGUUGUCAGGAGCCCAUGCUGGUGGUCGUUUAUGAGAAGUUCCAACUACAGGGCUUUGAUCGGGAAAAUUUUGGUGUUUUGGAUUUGUUGACGCUUAUGGAAGGCGGCUGCUUACUAGAGGUGGUCGCAGAUGGAGUUUCGACUGUAUUUGUAAACCUUCGUAAAAGGUUUUCAAAUAUCUCUUUGUAGACUCGGCUCAAAUUCUUUUUAUUCCUUAAGAGGUACGAAAAAAUCCCUAUUUUUUUUACCAUUAUUUAUUAUUUAUAAGUAUUUUUUUUCUGUUACGGUCCCGAAAAGAUACCGCAACACAUAUGAUGGCGGUCAUUCGCUGUUACAGUGAUAUUGGCAUCCCCGCGUUUUAGGCACCCCCAUUCCCAAAACCCUAGUUAUAUGGGCAGCGCAUCCCCGUCACAUGUUACCUUAGCGAUUUGGGUUAGGGUUAGAGUUAGGAUUACAGGAGCCUAGGGGAUGCCCAUAUCACUAGGGUAUUGGGGAUGAGGAUGCCUAAAACGCGGGGAUACCCAUAUCACUGUGACAUCACCACUUUAGAACCGAGAAGGAAACUGGCCCGAGUCAACUUUCGUAAAGAUUUCUGGGACGGUUACUGAGGACAGAGUAAAAAAAUUGGCCAAUAGCUGACGCGUUCCCAGUAACGAUCCCAGAAGUCUCAGUUUCCUUCCAACAAAUUGUUGCCCAUAAAAGGUAGGACCGAGUCAGCUCCCCCGUCAUUUUUUUAGGGGAUUACCCCACGGAAUUACAUCGUGUGUCUACUCCUGAAAUGGUCUAGACACAUUUAAAGUCGUUUGGCGUAAAAACGGGACGCAUAAAAGUAGCUGACAACAUGGAAAGAAAAAACCAGAUUUUUUGAAAAAUAACAAAACGCUGACUCUUCCAUGUUAUUUCUGGACGAGUUGGGCGUAAAUGCGUCCCAGUUUAUGACGUUUAACGUCUAAGACGUUAAAGUCGUCUGCUGAUAGCGUCUGAACGACGUACUGAACGGAUGACUUUCAAGUCGUCAGACGUUCAAUGCGUCUGUCUUAUUUACCGUUUUUAUACUAGACGUCAAAGUCGUACUGAGUCGUUAAACAUCUCUAGCAUAAAAACGGCCAUUGUGACAUCAGCUGAGAAUUUUCUUUGCUUGCAAUGACAAAAUGCAUCCUUCCUGCUUCUUUUUGUAGCUUUCCCCUUAACGUAUCGUUCUUUUCCUUUAAGUGUUCUUUGUAGUCUUCCUUCUUUCCAAAUGUGAAAAAAUAAAAGAUAUGAGUUGUAAUUUGUACAUAUGAACGCAUUUGAUCAUCCCCAUGCAAAUUUUCGAGGUAUAAGUUUUAAUCUAUUGCAAUUGUGGUAUGUGCGGUGGUUGUAUAUGUUGUGGUUCAGUUUUAUAGUCCUUGGUUUAAAUUUUAUUUUCUUUUGUUUUUGGUUAUGGUAAGAUAUGAUAAUGAGUUUGAAACAAAAGAACACAACACUUAAACCAAGGAUAAAAUUGAACCACAACAUAUAUAAACAUGUGUAUUUUAAUACUGUAUAAAAUGUGUAUAUUUAUGUAACAAAAUUGUAUUAUGUACAGUCUGGCUUGCUACGAUUAGUUUUUUUUAUUUGUUAGCCUGUCUAACGCUAACUUGAAAAAGUAAAGUGUUAAUAAUGGUUAAAGGUUAGCCAAUCAAUUUUGGUAUAAAUUGUAAUUCUUUGUUGUUGUUGUUGUUUUCUUUGUUGUUGUUGUUUUUUCUACAAAAGAAUUGCCUGGACAGUCAAGUAUUAUUGAGGAGGAACAAUGGAACUUUCGCCCUGUUGAUGUUUCUCCAUCUUGUGACGGUCUUAAAAGGUAAUAGUUCAUUUACUUUUCCAUGUUUGUUUUAUGCAUGUAAUUUUACGUAACAAAUUUCAGGGGAGCACGAAAACAUUUUCCAAGCUAGAGUGCCGGCUAUUUAAUAAAUGUAUUGUAACGGUAGCAACAGCAAACUUUAGUGGUAACAGUGAAACUUAAAGGGAAGGCACGCAGCGAGUUUAAAUCGUUUAAGCGCAAGUAAAGUUACAGCUCGUAUCUAGAAUGGGGAAAGUACAACUGAUUCAAAUGUCGUAAAUGGUAGCCACUGGCUAAGCGGAAGCGAAGCGUGACAAGAUUUGUGGCGGCGGCUGCAAUGCAAACGGGGAAAAUUUUGCAUUUGCUGCCAUGCGCGGGAAAACCUAUGGCAGCUGCAAUACAAGCGCCGGAAGUCAUGCAGCUGCUGCCAUCCGCGCGAAAACCUGUGGCAGUUGCAAUUUGAGGUUGCAAUACAAGUGCGGGAAAUUAUGCAACUGCUGUCAUAAGUAGGAAAACUGCGGCGGCUAUAAUACAAGUGCAGGAAGUCAUGCAGCUGCUGCCAUGCGCGGGAAAAUCCGUGGCAGUUGCAAUUUAAGGUUGCAAUACAAGUGCGGGAAAUUAUGCAACUGCUGUCAUAAGUGGGAAAAUCUGCGGCAGCUGCAAUACAAGCGCAGGAAGUCAUGCAGCUGCUGCCAUGCGCGGGAAAACCUGUGGCAGUUGCAAUUUAGGGUUGCAAUACAAGUGCGGGAAAUUAUGCAACUGCUGUCAUAAGUGGGAAAACCUGCGGCGGCUGUAAUACAAAGUAUGCAAGCGCAGGAACUUAUGCAACCACUUCCCUGCGCGGGAAAACCUUUGGUCGCUGCGUUACAAUAAAUUAUGUAACUGCUGCCAUAAGCGGGAAAACCUGCUGCGGCUGUAAUACAAGGGAGAGAAAUUGUGCAACUACUGCCAUGCGCGGCAAAACCUCUGGUGGCUGCAAUACAGGCGCGGGAAUUUAUGCUAUGGAACUGCUGCCAUGCGCGGAAAAACCUUUUGGCGGUGACAAGUUAAGGUUGCAAAACAAGUGCGGCGAAUUAUGCAAGUGCUGUCAUGCGCGGGAAAACCUGCGGCGGCUACAAUACAAGCGUGGUAAAUUAUGCAACUGCUGCCAUGCGUGUCAAAGCCUGUGGUGGCUGAAGUACAAGUGCAGGAAAUUAUGCAACUGGUGCCAUGCGCGGCAAAAACUGUGACGGUUGCAAACGCGGGAGUACCCAGCUGAUGCUAAGCGCGGGAAUACACGCAAACUGCCGAUGCAAACAUACGGUCUGUUUCAGGAGUGGGAAGCGCGCUCUUGCCUUGACAUGUUCGCUCAGAACUGUUGGACCUUGGAGGGUGUGUCAUGGACAUUUGAAACCAUUCUUUUAACGACAAGCUCAACCGUAAUCUUUGAAAGUGUGACUGUGUCUACACUAUGCCGGUUGGCUGUUAGUAUGAACAGCAACGGCACAGAACUGCAACAAGUUGUUCACACACGACAGGGUCUGGUAAGCUAAUUCCCAUUCCUCGCUCCUGAAUAUUUACUUCCCCCUCAGUGGGUUCCAUCAUUCACCAUUUUAUUUUUGUUUUCUUUCUUUAUUUUUUCUAUCACUCUUCCUGUCGUGAGGAUCAGUGUUAAAAUUUGGCAUUAAAGAUUGUACUGAUCCAAGUCUACUAAAGAUCCAGCUGACUCUCACUGGUUUGUUGUUGUGAUUUUUUCCUUUAGAAGUGCUUAUGGGUUCCAUCCAGCCCUCUUUCUUACCUGUCCAAGGUGUGGCACAGAACCUAUCCGAUAUGAAAAGCGCCACUUUCGAGAUCGGCGCGGCGCGGCGUAGCGCAGCUUCGCUCCGUUCCAGAAGUCGCGCCGAAAUCACCGUUCUUAUGUGUCAACUUCAAUCUUUACACAAUAAAGCUGCAAAAAUAAUUUUAGAUUUGCCUAUUGGAUCAUCUGCUAGUGAGGCCCUGAAUAAACUGAACUGGAAAACUCUCGCAUAACGUAGGGCCGAGCAUAGGGCAACUUUUAUUUAUAAAUGUUUAAAUAACUUAUUUUCACGUCGUUUUAAUAUUGAAUUCAAUAAGGAUAAACAUGAUUAUAAUACUAGAUGUAAAAACAAUAUCCGUAAGAGUGGUGCAUCUAAUAGGAACUGGGGCCAUUGGACCUCGACAAACUUUACCUCAAACGAUUGGAAUAAAUUGGACCUUUCAAUCAGACAAAGCCCAUCAUUAGCUAGUUUUAAAAGAGUGUUAAGAAAUGUAAAUAGUUUUUAGUUUAAUUUUUAUAUAUUCAUAUAUUAGUCUUUAUUUUUCCUUUUUGUUCUUUUUUAAUUUUUGAGGACUCUUUUGUAAAUCACUUAUCAGCGAAAUUGAUAUCCUCAAUAAAGAUUAUUAUGAUUAUCAUUAUCAUUAUCAUUAUCAUUAUCAUUAUCAUUAUCAUUAUCAUUAUCAUUAUUAUGAUUAUUAUUAUGAUUGUCAACAGAAGCCCUCUCCCGUAUGAUUUUCGUGUAGGCGCAAAAGUAUUGACCACUACAGAAAAUACCAUAACAUACCAUAAUCCUCUUUGUUUGUCACCCCAAAAAUUUACAUAAGCAUAGUCUUCAGUUUCUCUUGGGAGUUAAAGUGGCCCCAAGAGAAACUGAAAACAAUGCUUAUGCAAAAUUUAGGGGUGACAAACAAAGAGCAUUACGGUAUGUUAUGGUAUUUUCUGGAGCGGUCAAUAAUGUGAACAUAGCCUUAGGCGCCUCUCCUUUUGGUAACCAGGUUUGGUCACACAGCCACUCCCAAAUCUGAUGGUAGCAUUGUACUUACUGGCGGAUUUGGUCUUGAAAAUGGGAAACACAUGCGGCUUAAUGGUGUCCAUUUACUGCAUACUGUUCAAGGUAUUGUUUGCUGUAAAAAUUGGCAGAAAAAGAAACGCCCAGUGAUGGAUAUGCCUUAAUAAAAAUUCUCUAAUUAUCUUACAAUCUUGUGUCGUAGGAGGGUGGCAUUGUAUAGAAGUGACAGCUGCCUCGGAAAAUGACUUACUUGGUAAGAGAAAAGAUAAUGUAAUAGUUCCUUGUUUUUAGCAUGCGUUAAGCUACAGAAUAGCUCAAAAAUCAAAAAUAGAAGUGUAGGAUGCUUAAAAAUCUUCCAGAUGGUUAAAAAAAAAAGGAGAAAAAACUUGGCAGUCCAAAAAAAAUUGGUCGAUUCGUCGUCCUGUUUGUCGUCAGUGUCUUGUGAACCAGAGUUUAGCUCAAAUAAACAAAAAACGCUUUUUUGUGUGCUUGAAGAAUAAACCAAGGCUUAUAUGCUUAGUAAAGUUAUUACCUUACUUGCGUAAAGAAACAAAAGUUCCUAAUUUUGCGAUACUUACUGCUUGGAUACACAAGACGUUUAACGCAUAAAAUUUCUUUAACUUUAUUAAACUGUCCCAACUGAACCUGAUUAUGAUGGUGAUGGUGAUAGUGUUGAUGAUGAUGAUGAUAGUGGGGAUAACGUUGAUGACUGUGGACUGUUUUGUAACCAACAUUUACCUCUUAAUUUCAGGUGGUCGAAUCUUUCACACAGCAACAGCAUUAAGCAGCAGUGACAUUUUAAUAUACGGCGGUAGAACGUCGCCAGCAAAGCCUUGUGCACAAACUCUUCUUUUGUCACUAACAAAUAAUACUGAAUCAAUAUCUUCAAAUUAUUCAUGCGGCGCUUCCCAAAGCGGCCGUUCGGAGAGUGAGUAUGAAGGCGAUAACGAUUUUCAAAGCUCUCUCAUCCCAAAUCCGUGUUACAAACAGACUGUUUUAAACUGCGGUGGAGAUAUUCCAGAACCAAGAUGGCGUCAUAGUGCUACCCAUGUCUUCCUUCCUGAUGGUAUGCUAAAUUUUUCUAGUCUUGACGCAUUUAGUUUCUGUAAACCGUUAGUAGUGCUUUGCAAAUAGAAAGAUUAAGCAUCGCGUUUACGUCAUACGUCAAACGGCAAAUAAGAAGUUUUCAAAAUGAGAAACGAGCAGAUAAAAGCAGCUUUAAACGAUUCUUAUGGAUAGAAUUAGCGUGAAUCUACCGAUUUUCGUGCAGUUAUAAUGAACAGUAAACGACAAGUAAAGUGGAAACUUGGUCAGGUGCUACAAAUUCACGUUUGCCGUUUGCCGUAAACGCGAUGCUUAAUCUCUGUAUUGUUGGCUGGGCGGGCAUAUUAUCAGCAGGCCAGCAAGUGACUGAGUGAGCCUGGGAUCAGUUCCUUCUCUCUGUUUGUACGCUUACGUCGCACCUUGACCCUUUGCCAUCUCGGACAACUAAAAAGCGGCUUCUCUCAGUCAUACAGUCCUGCGAGAAAUGGUCAUUUCAUCCUUUUUCAGACCGGGAGGACAUCAAAGCACUCGUCUGCAUGCAGGCCAUAAAUUUGAAUAAAAACUCUCCGAGUCUUCCCCGAAAAAUAACCCUUCCAUCCAUUCAAUGUGAUAAGAGUCUAUUUUCUCCUUAGAAUAUCACGGUUUGAUUAAACAUAGAAGUUUUUUAACUAAGGAAAUGCUUGCCAAGUAGAAAAUGCUUACCAAGUAGAAAAACUAUAAAGUCUUUAAAAACCCUGGGAACUGUAUAAAGAGUAAUGCGAUAAAUGUUCGUGUUGUGAUAAAAUGUAGUAUGUUUCUAAUUCACACUUAUUAUUUCACACUGUUGUUUUGGUUCUCACAGGUAGCGAAAAUUUGCUCGUGUUUGGCGGUCGCACUCCUUCUUGCCUCGCUCUUGGAGACUGUUAUUUACUCAAUCUUAAAACGCGAAUGUGGAGAAAGGUAACCACUUCUAAGAAGUUGUUUUCUUCGUUCGGUGUUAGACACACCAAGCUUAAACUCCCAAGAAAGGUUCCUGCGCAAAAAGGGUAUGGAAAAUCGCGCUAGUUGUUUGUUGUGUACCAUUUACAAAAAAGUUUCCCGAAAAUCUGGUUGGAAAGUUAAUGGAACACCAGAAAAUUCCACCAGAAAAUUUCCCGGAGCAACGGCACAUCUGAAAAGGUAGUUUUGUUUUUUCCGAACCAAAUGAUCCAAACGGAAAUUCGUGUUCCAUUUCUUCAAAGUCAUCUUUUAUAACAGUUUGAGGCUUUCGCGGCCGUUUUUCGGUUAAAGGAACUGAUUUUUGCAAAUGAAAAACACGAUUCCGGAAUGAAAUUUACCUGUCCUGAAUUUUGCGUACCAUUUGCUUAAACUGUGAACCGUCCGGUUUGCCCAUGUAAAUAGUAAACAACUAUAAUAAGUCGCUUCUUUCAGGAAGCACCAUUUUUUAGUUACCAGGACAACAAAUACAAGCCUGGGAUUUCGUGAAAAGCGAAUAGAAUUUAGUGGACUGGCAUCGACCUAAAGGCAUGCUCAUUUAUUCAACUCUACUACAAUUUAUUGUUUAUUAUAAAACGCAAACUGUCAAAAUUUAAGCACAAUGCACUUGCACUUUUCGAUGCGAUCCGUUUUACAUAUACUCUGAGGUGUUUGUAGUUAAUCUCUAGUUACCGUUGCUUUGCUCUGUCAUUAAUUAUUGCUGUUUUUAUAGUUGCUUCUCAGUGGAGACACUGCUUCACCGCGUCAUUCCCACUCCGCAUGCACGUGGAACAACGAUGUAAUACUAUUGGGAGGCCUGGACGCUAGUCUUCACGCCCUCGCCACACUUCAAAUCAUAGACACUCAGGUAUAAUUUCCUGUUUCAGACGUUGUUCAUUUUAAUACAGACUCUACACCUGUUUGUGCAAAUAUGUAAUACAGCAAACACAAUUACAAAUUUGCAGAUAAGGAGAACGACAAGAUAGGAAAAAACUAAUGCAGUAUAACAGGUGGAGAGCUAUGUUCUUUUAAGAAAACCAGCGGGAGUGUAUUAUCAGGUUUAAAAACUCGAGGCGAAGCCGAGAGUUUUUACACCCGAUAAUAGACGAGUUUUUUUGAACGGCUUCAAAAUCUCUGAUAAAGAUCAACCCAUUCUUACUCUAAUAUUUAGAUUUGGGGUUAUGUUGGUCUAAAAAAUCGACGUAAAGUUUAGCCGUGUCUUUAUCAGAUAUAAAGACACUCAUUAAACAUUAAUUUCUUUUGUUUUUUCUACAUGAAUUAUUAAUGACUUUUUGAAAUACUUUUAACAACUGAGCACAAUAUUUACAGUUGAAUCUCUCCACAACGGCUCCCUUGGGGACAGAAGAAAGUGGUUAUUAUAGAAAAAUGGCCUUGGUGGUGGCGGUGUAAUAUGACACUCCCCGUCCCCCCUCCCUUUUUUUUCUUUUUUUUUUUUUCGGGUAAGGUGACUCUUCACUGCGAAAUUCGCCGAACUUUGACAUUUUCAGGGAACUGGAAUAAGCACGACAAAGUUUGAAAAAACACAAAUUCAUUUUAAGGGUGACGUUUUUGCUGCGGUCGCCGCCGUCGAUGCUAAAGCUCCCUUUUGGCAGUUGGGAACGCACUUUAGUGCCGUUACCGUUGCAAAGAGGUUUAAACAAGAGUCAGUGUAUAGAUUGUGCGCAAAAGUGGCCGUUCUAGAGAGGUGGCUCUUAGUGGUGUUGCGACUGUAUUUCUAAAUUAAUACUGAGCAAAGUAAAACUUUUGGAGAGCAAAUUUGAACUGGUUUCUAGGAGGUUUUUGUUGGAUUAUUUACCAACUUGUCCUGGGCAUCAAGCCAUCUCAUCCUCACGCCUGAUUACUAACAAAAUGAUAUAUGCUUUGCUUUCAGGUAAACCCCAUGGCUCUACGGACACUUAACGUUCAGCCUGCUUUAUUACCAAGGUAUCGUCCCACGAAAACUUUAAUUCGUAAUUAUUAUGAAUCUUGUUGCGGGCGACAAGAGGAGCCCGCAAUACUAAUAUCCAGACCCACUUUGUUCAAACGCUGGUACUCAUAAUCUGAUUACGCGUGGUUUGACCACCUAUCACGUGAAACUUACGCAAAGCACAGCGUUCGGGCAAAAGUGUUUUGACCGAUCGUUGUCGCCCGCACUCCGUAACCUUCGGUUAUUUGUAGUAGCUUUGUAGUAGCUAGCACGCAUGAAUUUGUUUUUAUAAUUUCGUCAGAGCGAAUCUAGCAUAGUUUGCGAUGAAUCUGUACGUAGCUCUAUGGUGAAUUAUCUGCAAUAGUUAGAUUGCUCGAUCGGCUUUUUGGCGGCGUUAUUAAAACAGUGAACACCCGCGAACAAGAACCUAGUGGAUUAAGAACUUCCUGACAGAAGAUUAUUAUGCACCUUUUUCCAUUGUAUUUUUUUUUUCAGAUACUCUCACACAGCUCAUGUUGUUAAUGACCAUCUUGUACUGGUGGGUGGAGUCUCCCCAAACUCUGCUCACACCCCUGGGGUAGUUCUUCUUAAUCUCAAGUCUCUUACUUGGAAAUCAUUUUCCCUUCCGGUAAGUGCUUUUCUGUUAUCACAAUAUUCUACUAUUCUAGCUAAAGUCGUGCACGAUUUCACAACGAGACUUAGGCCUGUUUACAUGGAGGUGGGGGACCCCAGAUAGGUGAGGUAACAUGCGGCGGGUCACCCCACCUAUUAUGUAAACGUGAUCAAAUUAGAAUGAGAGAUUCUAUGGACAGGCAGGUUACCCCACCUAAGCAGGUUACAUCACCUACCUGGGGUCCCCCACCUCCAUGUAAACAGGCCCUUAGAUAGCUGGAGUCGGCACAUACAAUAACACAGGAAAUAGGGUCUGGAACCGGGGGGUGGUCCUGAUCCCGCUUUCCCGCUUUCCCGCUCCUUUUUCACUACAAUCCCGCAUCCCGAACUGCAGUCAUCUCUAUCCCGGAUACAGGUAGUUUCUUGGGGUUAUCGGACGUUUCGAUACAAAGCUCUUACGAUCCCAGUCAUUUCGAUACAAGUUUAUUCAUUCUAGGUGUACAUAGUUCCACGUUCUUGGCUUAAAGAACGACGAUAUUCACCCAAAAUUUCACUGCUUGAGUUUGUAUCGAAACGACUUGUACCGAAACGACUUUGCAUCGAAACGACCAGUAGUUUCUUGGUGUUGCGGAAGGAUGCAAUCACCAAAUGACGUAAUUCAAUAGGUUGAAAAGACACUGAACAAUGUACACACCAUACCACCACACCAUUUUCUUUCCCAUAACCGCAUCCCUUGCCGAGAAUUUGGCUUCCUGUGGAGCGGUCAAAACCCAUUUUCCGUCAACAAAUUUUGCGUUUUGCCGAAUCCUACACAAUAUUUAGGUCAAUUCCUGGAUCCCAGGAAAACACAGCUUAGCUACUAAACUGUGUCCCAGCCAAAUGUCAUUUGAAAACUACCAAAGUAGUAUUUUUGUUUAUUAUUCUUUCUUUUAAUUUUUGUCAAGACCUGUACAGCCCCUCAAAAUCCCCUGA